UAAACAUCAACCUGAGCGUUCCGUUAUACAAUGUACUGAUAUCAGCUCCGCCAUCUGCGUGCUGCGACGUUGACAAAGCUCGGGCGUAACCCAAAGAUACGUUUAUCAAGCGGAGAUACGGACAUAUGUUCCAUUGCUCACGUCGGACUGCGUAAAGAAACAUUAAUUUCGUUUGGGAAGAUCGAGAAUCGGUCGAUAAUUGGAGCCGGUCCAUGUGCACGCCCUUACAUAUAACGUCAGCAUACGUCAACCCAAGAAAUUUCCUAGUUUCUGCAAAGCCUUCCUUAACAUGAGGAUAUACCCAAGCUCAGGUCCUUUCGUUCCCAUCGCCAAUCGCUCCGUUUUUACGCAUCUAUUGAAUGAGGAUGGGAACCUAAUUGGAGGAUACGACGCCAACCUACCAGCCUACAUCGAUGCAGUAUCUGGGACAGCGUUGUCUCGAGGACAAGUCAGAUCGCUCAGUCUAUCUUUCGGAUACGGAUUGAGGAAUUAUGGUGCGAAGCGGGGGGACACUAUCUUGGUGUUUUCGCCAAACUGUCUCGCUUAUCCUGUAAUUAUCCUUGGAGCUUUGGCUGCGGGACUACGGUGUACACUCGCGAACCCGGCUUAUACCGCUCACGAAUUAGCCUUGCAAUAUACCAACAGUCAUGCACAUCUGAUAUUCACCACAGAGGAGGAAUUGCCAACGACCAAGGCCAUGCUGAAGGAGCUUGGUGUGCCGGAAGAGGAUAGCGCACACAGAGUCAUCAUGCUUGGUAAAAGCUUGAGUUGGGCCGGUGGCCCCGACGCCGCAAUCAGCUCCGAAGCAUCCGAGUUGCCACAGUGGGAAAAACUUCUUAGUCUUGGUUCUUUGGAAAAGGAAGAAAAUUUCGAUGGACCGCUUGCUGAGGAGACAGCACUUCUUUGCUACAGCUCCGGUACUACGGGAAAGCCAAAGGUUGUCGAGACAACUCACAAGAACAUUAUUGCGCUACUGGAUGUCGGCGCCGCGAACUACCCCAGGGAUGUAGGCUCAGUGGUACUAGGAUUUCUCCCUAUGUAUCAUAUAUACGGUGCCACGUCACUUUUGUUCUCAGGACAGAAACUGGGGCUGACCGUCGUGAUACAAAAACGCUUCGACCCCAUUAGUUUCUGCUCUGAUAUUCAGAAAUAUAAGGUGACAACGGUGACAGUUGUACCUCCCGUACUCGUGUUCCUUUCCCGACACCCAAUUGUGGAGAAAUUCGACCUCUCGACUCUAAAAAUGUUGGUUUCCGGGGCCGCUCCCCUGGGGAUCGAAUUGUCAAAGCAGGUCACUAAGAGGCUACGUUCAAUGAGAGCAAGCUGCGCAGUUGUGCAAGGAUAUGGAAUGACAGAGAUACCAUCGGCACACUUCCUUCCUCCGUCAGAUGCGGAGAGGAAAUGUGGCAGUAUUGGGAAGCUUUACUCAAACUUGGAAGCCCGUUUGGUUGCUGGGGAUAUCGAUGCAGAGGAAGGUCAGCCCGGGGAGCUCUGGAUCAGAGGCCCGAUGGUCAUGAAGGGAUAUCUGAAUAAUUCUGACGCGACUCGAGACUCAAUGACUGGAGACGGAUGGUAUAAGACCGGAGAUGUAGCGAUUCGGGAUUCGGAAGGAUAUUAUUAUAUCGUCGAUCGAGUAAAGGAGCUCAUCAAGUACAAGGGUUACCAAGUACCUCCAGCCGAGCUUGAAAGCGUGCUGUUGGGUCACCCUGACAUCGCUGAUGCUGCUGUGAUAGGAGUGUACGACGCCUCACAAGCCACAGAACUCCCGAGAGCUUAUGUCGUACCUGUAAAUCCAGACAGGACCAAAACAAAUGGACUAAAGGCAUCUUUUGAAUCUGAAGUAACGAAGUGGAUGGUGUCAAAGGUGGCGAACCACAAGCACCUACGUGGAGGUGUCUCGGUUAUAGAUGUCAUUCCGAAAAGCCCCGCUGGCAAAAUACUUCGGCGAGAACUUCGCGAGCUAGCGAAAAAUGAAAUUCGAAGUCGAUUGUGAUACGUCUUCAGGUUCAUGCAGGUUUAGUUCAUAUACUAUAUAGCGUCGCUUUCCCUCCACUUUCGCUCAGGACUGCCAGUCUGGUAUGCCCUUAGAAGGAACUCACAACUGUAGAAUGAUCUGUUCUGUGCGUAAGAUAUUUAGAUAUCAAAACCAUAAUACGUAGACAGGAGCAAGCGAUUAAAACUUGUUCUUUCACUUACUGAACGGGUGUCUGAGCUCGUUGAUAGUGGCGAACACGUACGAAAGUGCAUAUGUUAAUAGAGAAAGCA